AUGUUUCAAGCUCUCCUAUUAAUUCCGGUUGAAGAACUUCAUCAUACACCCUCAGGAAAAAAUGUCGUUAAAAAUAAUGUAAAACUUCGUGAUGAUACCAAUCAACAACCGUCCAUGGUCAUUCUCUCGUUCCACAAUUACAAGAAAUGGAACUCUGAAGAGGUUGCUUCUACAUUGAUUUUGGAUGAUGUGGUUGGUGGAGCAUCAUUGUCCGUUGUUGAUGUUAAACCUUUAUGUGAUGCCGGUUUCAAAGGGACCUCUCUUGCCAAUAUUGUACAGGAUAUCAAUAGACACAACGUAGACUCGGCUAUUAAAAUCAUGACCGAAAGCAAAGAUUUUACUCAAGUCUCCGAAAGUACUUGCAAGUCCGUUGUAAAUUGGGUGAACAAUACAUUAAUGCCCAAGCUUUUUGGGUUAUGGGACAAAGAUCAAACAAAGUCGGCACUAUGCAAACAAAAAUUAAUAGGAGGUGCUGGAUUACAUGAGAUUCAAGUACAGCCUUUGUAUGAGGCAGGGUUUAAUGGAACAGUACUAUCAAGGAUUGUUUAUGAAUUGGAGAAGAAUGAAAGGGAUGGUAGUGAUUUGGCUGAUGUUGAUAUAGCGAACAAAGUUCUCCCAACGGAAAUUGAUUCAUCUACACUCACACCUUUAGUGGAGUGGGUAAAAUAUGAGCUGAUAGCAAAAAACAAGAUACAGGUACCAUUGGCUAAGCCAAGCAUUUCAAAUGGUAGUAACAAAAGAUAUACUGACCGCAAUGAAACAGUCCAAUCAACACAAAAGAAGAUACAACAAUUCAUUCAACAAUUCACAACAACAUCACCAAAAGAUAUCUCUAAUAUUGAAUCUAUUCCGAAUAUUUUACUCAGCAGUUUUGGAUCAACUUUUACUUUUGUGGACAGAGAAGAUAGCAAAAACACCAUUUUACACACCUUUAAACAUUAUUCAUCAAUAGCUGACGAAAACAAGAAUUUAGAUAAAGAUCAUGUAAUACUUCCAUUCAUUGCGGCAGCUCCAGGAGUGGGUAAAUCAAGAUUACUGCAGGAGAUUGGAUGGGAUCUGCGUCUAAAACAUUUUAGAGACAGUGUUACUUGUUAUCCUUUAUUUGUGUCAUUUGGGAACGUCACUUCAAUUACAGACGCAGAACAAAAAGAAAAAUUAGAUAUCUUUCAAUCAUUGAUUAUCAGAAUUGUUUUCUCAUUUAUAUGCCAUAUAAAUGGAACAAGAGCAGAUUUUGACACCUUAACAAAAGACUGGAUCACUCACUUUGGAAACGAGUUAAUUGGCCUUAAAGAGGUGCUGCAAGUAAUUGCUAAUAUGUUGGAGAAGCCUAAUAUUGAUUUCUUUAUUGCAAUUGAUGAGGCUCAUGAAAUUGAUAAUAAUAACACUGGAACAAAUCCUUUGAAAACCCUCAUGAAGAAAAUUGGAUGCUAUUUGCAAUUUCAAAAGGAAACAACUUUACGAGUAUUUCCUUUAUUUGCCGGCACUUUUCAUACGGUCCUACUUGACAACUUGAUUGGCAGUACCUAUACUCCGCGUUUUGUUCCAGUUACGGCAUUAUUAUCUCCUCCAAAUGUUGCCAAGAUUAUUGAUAACUUAGAGGUCAAGUAUUCAAAACUUGACAACUGGAGGAUUGAUGUUGAAUUUAGACAUUACUUGAGACUCUUUGCUGGGUUUCCUAGAGGUUUAGAAUACUAUCUUGACGACUAUGUAAAACAAUCCAUAACAGCAAGGGAAGCAUAUGAAAGCUCGUCAUACAGGUUGAGAUCAAAAUACUCAUUCACACAAAGAACUGAAAUGGAAAAUGUUUUAGCGGCGAAAGUUGUUACUCGAGCCCGUGUCUCCCUAUUUGAUAAUAUUCUCACAACUGUUAACUUUACUUUCUCAGAGGCAGAAAAUAGGGGUUUUAUUAUGUUGAAUUUGGAAGAAGAUUCAAAAUUUACAUGUACCUAUCCUCCUGUUCUGCUGAGCCGUAUGAUUAGCCAUAAUAUGCAACCUAUUGUCCACAAGUUGGUUUUUUCAACUGAAAAAAACGUUUAUGGAUUACCUUGGGAAGACUGUGUGCACGAUUAUCUUUACUUAUUUUUUUCUUUAGUCGCAAACAAAUUAGAUUUGACUUUGAAUGACUUAUUUCCAUUCGCUACUAUGUCUGCAGAAACUUCUAAACUCUCAUUAGAACAAAUAUCUAAUUGUACUCAAUUUCAUGCAGCACACAAAGUUCAAAGCAUAUUGAAAGAAAUUGAUACUCAAACUGGCAAAUUGAAUAUAGUGACACUUACUGAUUGUGCCAUCAUCAAAAACGCACCUACUGCCGAAGCUAGUGAUAUUCUAAUAUUUGGUGUACAAUUGAAAACAAAAGACGAAAUUCUGGUUUUUCAUAUUCAAUGUAAAUGGGCUGACAAUGCAAAAUCCAGUGAAACCUUCAAACAAGUUAUUGAGGAAAUGAACAAGAAUAAGAAAUUAUCAGUAGAAACUGAAUCAAAAACGACGAGAAAUAUAACAGUAAUAAUGACUGGAAAACCUAUUUCAGAUCUUCCAAAUUCAGAUUUUCCUGAUGAUCUGGUGAUCAUUAACAAAACAAACUUCGCAAAAUAUUUUGGAAUUUUUACGGAUAGCAUGAAAUUUCUUUGUGCCAAACAAAUUCUUAACAUCAACAAUCAAUCAGAAUUACAAAGCUUUCAUGGCUUAGGUGACGUAAUGGCAAAAUAUGUCAUAAAAGCACGAUCAUCAACUGGAUUUAAAGACAUGGAGGACUUGAAGAAGAGGGUGCUAGAAACAGUCACAGACAAGACAUCAACAACAAAAUUGAUCAACAUACUAUCCGACGUUGAAAUAAUUUUCUAA